AAAUUAGCACCUCAGGUGGGGAGCAGUAUCUACCUAGAAUACUUACCUAAGAGUGGCCUCCGACCUGGGAACGUAAUUUGAAUGAAAACUCGACGCGUCACUUCCCUCUGAAUUUACGGCAAGCUAGAACUGGUGACUAAGGUGCGACUGGGACUUGGAAUCAAUUGGAAGAAAACACAGGAGGAGAAGAGAAUUCGUUCAUCGAAAUGGAUCUGGACCCAACAACAUCCAUACCAGCGUUCUACGCGGGCCGAAGUAUAUUUAUUACGGGUGGUACGGGUUUCAUGGGAAAAGUGCUGAUCGAAAAAUUGUUAAGAUCAUGUCCCGCCGUAGAGGAAAUAUUUCUAUUGAUGCGGCCGAAGAAGAAUAGCACCAUAGACGCCAGGUUAAAGGAAAUGCUAACUUCGCCGCUAUACGAUAAGCUGAAGAAAACGAAUCCCUCGGCCUUCAAAAAACUGAUACCAGUAGCAGGCGAUGUGGCGGAAGAAGGUCUGGGAUUACCGCCGGUAGAGCGAAGGGUUCUAAUCGAAAAAGUUUCGAUAGUAUUCCACGUCGCUGCCAACGUCAGAUUCGACGAUCCCCUGAAGCACGCUGUUCUCAUGAACACCAGAGGCACACGGGAGGUUUGCAUUUUGGCAGCGAGCAUGAAGAAGCUAGUGGUUCUCCUACACGUGAGCACCACUUAUGGAAAUACCGACAGACCGGUUGUCGAGGAGGUUUUGUACCCGGCGCACACCGAUUGGAAAAAGGCGAUUAAAAUUGUAGAAAACACAGACGAGAACAUUCUCAACAUCAUGACACCAAAGUUCCUCGGUAAACUGCCAAACACGUACACCUUCACCAAGCAAUUGGCCGAGCACGUUAUCAAUGAGUACGCCGGAAUCAUUCCCUGUGUAAUAUUCAGGCCGUCGGUUGUUGUAGCGACACUAGAGGAGCCGAUGCCGGGAUGGAUGGACAACUUCAACGGUCCUGUGGGACUCAUGAUUGGCGGGGGCAAAGGUGUUCUAAAGUCAGUCUACGGUAAUCCUGACCUCAUAGUGGACUUCAUACCGGUAGACGUGGCCAUAAAAUCAUUGCUCGUAAGCGCCUGGCAAAGAGGGAUAACACCUAUAACGCGGGACCCCAGCGUCCCAGUCUACAACUGUUCAUCGAACGGUAUAAGGGCGGUCACAACCAAAGCCAUGAUUAAUCUGGCACUUGAAAUUGUCGCCGAGAUUCCCCUUGAAGGAUGUCUCUGGGUUCCCAACACCACCAUGUACUCCAACAUAUUUAUUUACUACCUGACUGUCUGGAUAUUUCAUUUUAUUCCAGCCGUGAUUAUCGACACUGUGCUCAAGAUAAGCGGCGCGAAGCCCAGGCUCUUGAGAUUGCACAGGAAAAUUUACACGGCAAACUUUGCAUUGACGCAUUUUUUGAAGGAGAAAUUUACAUUCGAACAUGCAAAACUACUGGGAUUAAACGACAUGGUGCCACAGUCAGAUCGAGCGGACUUCAACGUUGAUAUUGGAAAAUUCGGAAUAAGGGAUUACUUCAUAAAGUGUUUAAUUGGGAGCAAGAUGUACCUCCUGAAGGAAGACAUGAAUAAAGUAGCCGAAGCUAAGGCCCACUAUGACAAAAUGUGGUGGAUCGACAGAGUUCUCAAAGUAUGGUUAGCCAUAUUUAUAACCUGGCUAGGAUUCACUUGCGGUAUAUUUGCAUACAUUUCAACCUCCGUUAUAUCACUGUUUGACUUCUCGUUAGUAGCCUAAUCAGCGUUCAAAUGUCAAUUAUCAGUUCAGGCAAGUGUGUGUUGUCAUCAACACCAACAGUGUACAGAAGUAUGGUUAUAGUCAUUAAAGUUUUUUUUCAAGCUGACGAUAAUAAUCCGUGAUACGUAAACUCUUAUGCAAAGGUUCAGAGGCUCUUUCUGAUUAUUGGUCACCAGCAAUUCAUGACAAUUUAUUUGAUACAUAAUAAAAUGUAGAAUCUUAUCCCAAGACCAUGCGACGUUACAGAAAUGCGGUAACUGUUAUAUUGUUUCUUCGUACAGCGAUUGUCUGAUAAUAGUAACAAACCCAAAACUGAUUCUGCAGAAUAUCUUUCGUCGCGUCGGUAUAAUUAUUUUCGACACUGUAAUAAAAUGUAUUUCUUUGAAGAACGACCGAAACUCCAUUCAACUAUCAUUUUCCGAAACGAAGACGUAAAUUUCUCAUAGCUAUGAAAAACUUUAUCGAAAUUUAUCAAAGUGCCAUUACAAAUCCAAUUCCGGGUGAUAUAUCGGAUAAAAGCACGUCAUCUCUGUACGAUAUAUAUUAUCGUUAAAUGGAUACCAGACUUGCGUGAAAGCUAUGAUUGCAUAAGUAAUAAAUCGGUUCCGGAUGUUAAGCACUUUCCAAUAAAGCUAUUAAGAGCAAUAA